GGCCGGGCGGCGCUGCCGGCGCGGCCGCGGGCGGAGCGGCCCCUCCCGCCCCCGGCGCUCCCACGGCGGCGGCCGCGGGCCCGCGCCGCUUCCCGCCCUGCCCCUUCCCCUGAGGAGGCACCGCCCGCUCUGCGCUGCCGAGAAUGGCUGACUGGGCCCCCAUAGCGAAGGAGUACGACCCCCUCAAGGCCGGCAGCAUCGACGGCACGGACGAGGAGCCCCACGACCGCGCCAUAUGGCGGGCGAUGCUGGCACGGUACGUACCCAACAAGGGCGUCACGGGGGAUCCUCACCUCACCCUCUUCGUGGCCAGGCUCAACCUUCAGACCACAGAGGAGAAGUUAAAGGAGGUUUUCUCCCGCUAUGGAGACAUCAGGAAGAUCCGUCUGGUUCGAGACCUGGUGACGGGGUUUUCCAAGGGUUACGCGUUUGUUGAGUACAAAGAGGAGCGCGCGCUCCUGAAGGCUCACAGAGAUGCCAACAGGCUGGUCAUCGACCAACACGAGAUCUUUGUGGACUUUGAACUGGAAAGAACUCUCAAAGGAUGGAUUCCCCGGAGGCUCGGGGGUGGGUUUGGAGGCAAAAAAGAAUCCGGGCAGCUGCGGUUCGGAGGACGGGACAGACCUUUCCGAAAGCCCAUCAGUUUGCCAAACAUGAAAAAUGAUUUCUACGGAGAAGGAUCAUCAGAGAAAAGAAACUGGUCUCGUGAGGGAACCAGGGACUGGAGAACGAGGGACCGGGACCACGAGAGGAGCAGGGACAAACGCUGGCCAGAAAGGGAGAGGCCAUGGGCUUGGGGUGACAGUGAGAGAGAGAGGGACUCCAAGGAGGAGAGGAGCAGGGGGAGGGAAAGGAAGGACAGAGACAGGAAGGACAGGGACAGAGACCGGAGCAGGGACAGAGAUAGCAAGAAGCAAAGAGAUGAUGAUAAGCACCGCUAGGUGACCGUGCCUUGUCCUUGGGGUGUGUGACCUACCCUUAGGCAGCUCGGGGCUGUGACAGGAGUCUCAGAACAAAGCUGAGGUGUUGCCACCUUGUGCCUGACUCAGCUGCCAGCAGCUCUCUGUAGUUUGGUUCCUAAUGCAGUUCAGAAGUGUGUUGAAUUGUUCCUUUAGAGAAAAUAAACUUUUGUAUUAAUGUUUUUGAA